AUGUCGAGUUCCAUGAUUAUGUUGCGGGCGUGUCGACCGCGGCGACAACACGCUCAACCCGCUCGAAAGUUUGCGACGGUAUCCAGCACUCCGAACGGGCGGGCACCUCUCAGUCGCUUCGAACCCAACGACAAUGUUGAUUAUACGGCUUUUGCCACGAAGGUGCCGAUCCUACGCAAGAUUCUCGGUCGUCCCCUGACCUAUGCAGAGAAAGUACUUCUAACCCACCUUGACGGCGAACACGGCGAGAAAAUCACAAGAGGCUCUACGCAGCUCAAGCUGAAGCCUCGACGGAUAGCGUGCCAGGAUGCGACUGCGCAAAUGGCCAUCAUCCAGUUCAUGUCGGCUGGCAUCGACAGGACGGCAGUUCCCACGACAGUGCAUUGCGAUCACCUCAUCGUGGGCCGAGACGGCAGCCAGACCGACCUUGCGGGCGCCCUGAAAAGCCAUGGCGAGGUGUAUGAGUUCUUGUCGAGUGCGUGUAAGAGGUAUAAUAUGGGCUUCUGGAAGCCGAAUGCCGGCAUCAUCCACCAAAUCGUCCUCGAGAAUUAUGCCUAUCCAGGGGGCAUGCUCAUCGGAACCGACUCGCAUACCCCCAAUGCAGGUGGCAUGGGUAUGAUUGCCAUUGGAGUUGGCGGUGCAGAUGCAGUAGAUGUUAUGUCGGGUCUUCCGUUGGAGAUCACGGCCCCCAACGUCAUCGGCGUGAAAUUGACUGGGCAGCUGAGCGGGUGGGCAAGUCCAAAAGAUGUCAUCAACAAAGUUGCAGGCGUCUUGGGCGUGAAGGGAGGAACGGGAAGUAUCAUUGAAUAUUUUGGUCCUGGCGCCGCCAGCAUCUCAGCGACAGGCAUGGCUACCAUUACCAACAUGGGCGCCGAAACAGGGGCGACCACAUCCGUCUUCCCGUACUCGGACCGCAUGGCGUCGUAUUUGAGGGCAACGCGACGACCCGAACUAGCUGAUGCCCUAUAUGUGGCCAAGGGUGAGCUACAGGCAGACAAGGGUGCUGAGUACGACCGCAUCAUUGAGAUUGACCUGUCUGCACUGGAACCCCACAUCAAUGGACCAUUCACCCCGGACCUUUCGACACCGCUAUCACGUUUCGGUGAUGCAGUUCACCAGAACCAGUGGCCAGCGAAACUCACUGCUGGUCUGAUUGGGUCGUGCACCAACUCGUCCUUUGAAGAUCUGUCCCGAGCAGCCAGCCUGGCCCGCCAGGCUCUUAAGGCGGGUCUCAAACCCCAAAUGCCUCUGUUUCUCUCGCCAGGCAGCCAACAGACCGCUCAAACUUUGAAGCGAGAGGGCGUCGUUGACGUCUUUGACCGCUUGGGCAGUACAGUCCUGUCGAAUGCCUGUGGGCCAUGCUGCGGAGCGUGGGACAGGACCGACGUGGAAAAGGGCACAAAGAACUCUAUUCUAGCUUCUUACAACAGAAACUUUACGGGUCGCCUAGACGGCAACCCUGCCACACAUGCCUUCAUCUCAUCGCCUGAAAUGGUCAUGGCCAAAGUCUUCUCCAAUGAUCUUGCCUUCAAUCCGACCAAAGACAGUAUCAAACUAGAGUCGGGAGCGUACUUUCGUUUCCAACCACCCGAGGGUGAUUCACUACCGCACGGGCUCUAUGAAGAGACGGACCAUGUGUAUGACGCGCCGUCGACUGAUGCUGAGACGGUUGGCAAGUGCACCACCGACCACAUCACUACGGCAGGGCCGUGGAUGCGCUUCCGCGGCCAUCUCGAAAACAUCUCCAACAACACUCUGAUAGGCGCCAUCAACGCGGACAAUAAUGAGGCCAACAAGGUGGUCAACCAAGUGACAGGCGAGCUGAGCGGCGUCCCGGAUGCUGCUCGCGACUACCGGCGCCGGGGUCUGCCUUGGGUCGUGGUGGCUGAUCACAACUAUGGAGAAGGGUCGUCGCGUGAGCAUGCCGCUCUGCAGCCUCGCUAUCUUGGCGGCGUUGCCAUCAUUGCACGCUCGUUCGCUCGCAUCCAUGAAGCCAACCUCAAGAAGCAGGGCAUGCUCGCCUUGACCUUUGCCGAACCGGAAGCUUACGAUAAGAUCAGGCCAUCUGACCGACUCAGUAUUGUCGGCCUGGACAGUCUGGCCCCUAAGCAACCAAUUCGUCUUGAGGUCAUGCAGAAGGAUGGAACGCGUUGGGCAACUGAAACAAAGCACACAUUGACCGAUGAGCAGAUUGAGUUCUUCAAGGCGGGAAGCGCGCUCAACCUCAUGGCGAGUCGCAUUGUGGUGCCGUCUCAAUAG